AUCCGUCCAAACUUCACAGAACUCCGACCGCUACGUAGUCGACCACUCAAGCACCAUGCAGACUCAACCGAGGCCAUCAAUCCUGAUAAGACACACCCAUGAACUCAAGCACGAACCAGAAGAGGGUGGACAGGCCAUAACAGGAGGAGAUAAACUAGAUCUGAUGCCCUUCUCGAUCGAUUACCACGGACCGGCAGAGAUAUCGAAGUACUUCCUCACCAGGCCAGUCUCGACCAACGCACCGUCUUCUAGCAGCACUACUGACAACAAACCGGAAGAAGCCGGGGAGCAGCUAGAAUGCUACGAGGGAUCUUUCAGGGGGAGAUGUCUUCAUGGGACUCGACUCAAGAUCCCAGAUGGCUAUUCCGGCUUAGUACUCUCGUCCUCAGAUGCCCACCCGGCCGCUCGAUCACCUGAUCAAACAAGCAUCAGCAAACCGUCCCUCGCCCCUACUCAUUCCACGCGUAAUAACACGACGACGGGGACGAUCCGUGGGCGCGGUCGCGGUCGAGGACGCGCUCGAGGGAGGAGGCUGGGCCAAGCCGUCGUCACUCAGCCACCAGUCACUCGAAUCCAACGGAAACGUAAACAGGGCAAAGUCGGCGCAUUUCUUGAUAGUGACGAGGAUGACGACGAGGACGAGGACGAUGAUGAUCAUAUGAAGAACAAGCAAAACCAAGCCAUCAUCGAAAUCUCCUCAGAUUCUCAUCCAGAGCCUUCCCGGUCGUCAGAUCUUGAUCAACAAGACGUCAAAGAACCGAGAACGGAUCGCGAGACAUUGGUCCCUAAAACCGAACCACCACCAUCAUCACCACCCUUGGUCGCACUGGAGAAAGCCGUCUCAUCGCCGCCAGAAUCGAAACCCAAUCCGAUCAUCCAUCUUAGCUCCGAUCCAGCGACAACAAGCGCCCAGAAUACUCAGUCGAAAGUGUUGACAUCGAUCGGUCAUUUCGAGCAGAUCACUAUUUGGAACCCCGACCACCCCCUCGAUCUCACUGAGGAUGUCUAUGCUCGUGCAAUCAACGAAUGGGUCGGAUUGUCUCAUCUGAUACACUCCUUACCCCCGACCGACUGAUUGUCACUUCAAUUCACACCCACCUACUCAAGUCGAAAACAAAAAAUAAAUAGUCCAAACAUUUCAAUAGAGGAAGAAUUCAGACAACAAAAGGGAAAAAAAAACAAAAACCUCAUCCAGGAGAAAAUUCAUGCAUCCAAACUUUGGUCACACAUCAGUAUAGGAGAAGGAAAUUACUUUGGCUGAUUCUGUAUAAAACAAAACUGCAUCAUUACAUUUGUACUAAACUGUGUUGAAAUCUGAAAAGCGUAUCCCUGAUAUGCUCAAAUAGGAUAGAAUGAAUUUCGG